AUGGCGUCCCUCGCCCUGUGCCUGUGGGCGCACGUGGCUAUGGCAGGUGAGUUGUGGAGGUGGUUAGCGGCGGCGACCCAGCGGCGAAGGGGUGGUGGUAAGGAACCGAGAGUAAACUGCUCUGCCACCUUGUCUGUCACCCGACCGGUCCGUACGUUGGCCAGAGGAGGAGGACACCAGCGCCGGAGUCUGCCACUACCACCAGGCGGCGCCAUCCCCGAGGAGCCUCGCUUCGUGGAGCCGAUACAGAACGUGACCAUCGCCGCGGGCAGGGACGUCAAGCUGUCCUGCGUCGUGGACAACCUCGGCACGUUCAAGGUGGCGUGGAUCGCCUUCGACAAGUCUGCCAUCCUGACGGUGCAGGAACACGUCAUCACACGUAACCCGCGCGUCAACGUCACCUACGACGGCCACCGCACCUGGACGCUGCACCUGUCCCGCGUCAACGCCUCGGACGCCGGCACGUACAUGUGUCAGGUCAACACCAUCGUGGCCAAGAGUCAGUUCGGGAUCCUCAACGUGGUGGUGCCGCCCAACAUCGUGGACGGGAAGACCUCCGGGGACGUGAUGGUGCAGGAGGGCGCCAACAUCACCCUGGAGUGCAGCGCUACCGGCACGCCCACACCCACCAUCACCUGGCGACGAGAAGACCACCUCAAGAUUAACCUCAACAAAACCUAUCGCGUGAUGGAGUACACGGGGCCGAAGCUACAGUUGGCGCGGGUCAGCAGGAUGGACAUGGCCGCUUACCUCUGCAUCGCCCGGAACAACGUGCCGCCCAUCGUCAGCAAGAGGAUGCAAGUCAGCGUGGAUUUCCCGCCCAUGAUGAGCAUCCCACACCAGCUGGUCGGCGCUCCCCUGGGCUACAGCAUCACCCUGGAGUGCACCAUCGAGGCUCACCCGCCCGCCCUCACUUACUGGACGCGGGGCUCUGGUAUCAUGCUGCACCAGGGCCGAAAGUACCACAUCACCGAGCGGCAAGGAGAGGUCCCCUACCGCACCCACAUGAAGCUCACCAUCAGAAGUCUACAGCCCAACGACGACUUCGGCGAGUACAAGUGUGUGGCCAAGAAUUCCCGCGGCGAGACCGAGGGCGUCAUCAAGUUGUACGAGACUGACCCGCCGACGCCCGCGCCCACCAGCCCACCCUCGUACUUGGACAAGCUCUUCAAAGGUGACCCUCCGUUUGAUGAUUUCCAGCACAAGACAACCAACAGCGUCGUGGGGAAGGGCGAAGGCAAGGCGGCGCUGGGGGGGCUAGACGAGUCGCGGGAAGGCGGCGAGAACGACGUGAACCUGGCGGAGGGCGACUUCGAGGAGCGGAACGAUCUGGACCACCUGGAGGAGGGGCCGCUCUGGGACGACGAGCGGCGGCGGGCGGAGGAGGCGCGGCGGGAGCGAGGGCGGCACGAGCAGAGCGAGAGAGAGUACCCCAUGACCAACUACUUCGGCAACGCCACUCCAGCGGGCGGCGGGGCGGGCGGCUGCCUGGUGCUGCAGGUGCUGCUGCCGCUGGUGGUCCUCGCACGGCCUUCCUGUCUCCUACUGCUCUUGUGAUGAAGAGGAUCCAUCACGCCUAACUCGUUCUCCGAAUUGUGUGGAUAACCCUAGCUAAAGUUUCCUUAACGUGAACAUAGACAUUGUUUCUCGUUCUUAGCGGCCACCUGAUGGUGCGAGGGUGGCGUAGGGAGACGACUUACGUGUGCCGCGGAGCACCGUCGCCGCCACCCUGGCGCGGCUGUCCUCGCCUCACUGGAGGGCGGAACAGCCGCGGGUCACCCUUGCGUCGCUCUUACCUCUAAGAAUAUCCUUACGAUAAUCAUAUGCUUGUGUACAUGUAAUUAUUAAGGGCAUCGGUUACUCCUGCAUUAGAAUGACUGCAUGUUUGUUUUCGUUCCCGUUACCUUUACGUUGCAGACAGUUAUUACGUCUCGAGGAACUCCAUACAAUGCCAGCAUAUCAAAACAAAGAAACAUGGGCUUGUUGUCUCUAGGGAAAUAAUAAUAAUAAUAACAAUAAUAAUAAUAAUAAUAAUAAUAAUAAUAAUAAUAAUAAUAAUAAUAAUAAUAAUAAUAAUAAUAAUAAUAAUAAUAAUAAUCGGUGCUUGAAGAAUGAGAAGAGAGGAAGCUGCAGUGACCAUCCUCCCUAUGCCCUUCCCCUUCAUCCACCCACCCAUCCACCCAUCCCUCCACCCAUCCUCUCCACUCAGCGAGCCUCCGCCAAUCACUCAAUAAGCCUCACACCCACCCCUUCAACUCCCCCACCCACCCAGUCUUUCCAUCCAUCCACUCAGCCUUCCACCCACCAACCCAUAGCCAACCCAAUUAGUCUUACAUCCACCCCUUCCAACCCUCCACCCACUCAACUAAAGCCAAGGCUCUCCACGCAUACACUCAUACAGCCACCCAAUUAGCUUUAUAUCCACCCCCUUCACCCUUCCAUCCACCCCUCCAUUCAUCCCAGUCUCUCCACCUAUAAACCCAUCCCUCCACCCAGCCUUAGCACACUCCACACACAGGCUGCCUUGACAUUCAUCUCCUCGGAAGCACCGCCAACAAGCCCCUCUUCACGCACAUGUUACAACGCCUCAAUCUUGCACGCAUCUUAUUUCCCAUCGCCGUUGAUGCACAGAUUUCGUCACAUGUCUUCGUCUUCGUCGCUUCCACGUAAGGUCUCUCCUAGGACGCCAGUCGCUCUUCGCCUUAGCUAUCAAUCGACGGAGGUAUUUACGACAGCCAAGAUCAUUUACCGUCAGCCCUGAACCACGCGCGUACUGCUGCUGCUCCGUCGCCUCCGCCACCACCAGCAUCCCGGAGUCCGUCACCUCACACACCACAUCACCUGUUGCCCUGUCAAAGAAAGGAGGCUGAAGGAACAAAACUCAUGCACAGGUGGUGUUGAAAGGCUUACUACAGGUUCGUCAUCGCCGUCAUCCCCGACCCCAGCAUCCUCCCUUGACCUGUCACUUAGCAAUCAUAGAAAUCCUCCCCUGCAUCGCUCACAGGAGGCUGAAGAAACAAAACUCAUGCUCAGGUAGUGUCAAAAGGCUUAAUACGGCUUCGUCGGCGCACCAUCCUGGGCAGCCACACCUCACAUCUCACGUCUUCUCUUGGCCCGUCACUCAGUCAUCGUAGUAAUUCCCCGCAUCGCUGACAAGAGGGAGGCUGAAGGAACAAAACUCGUGCUCAGGUGGUGUCAAAAGGCUUACUACAGCAGACACUCACGCCUCACACCUCAUGUCAUCUCUGGCCUGCCACUCAGCCAUCACAUUAAUCCCCCGCAUCGCUCACAAUAGGCUGAAGGAACUACUCAUGCUCAGGUGGUGUCCUAUGGCUCACAACCGCUUCGCAACCCUUCACACAUCACCUCCUGGUUCCUCACUCCCCAGCCCUCCCACCUCAGCACUACCCCGCAACGCCGGCAAGACGCUCAAGGAACACAAAUCCUCCGCUCAGAAAGUGACAACGAGACGGCGUGGGAUGGAUAAGAUACGCAGCUGUAAAUAAAAAAUGGUUCGGCGCGAUGAAGAAGCGACUCCGGAUUGUUCGCUUGUUUCGAGGAGAGAGUGAAGUAUUACAAGGGAGUGAAACGAGUGAGAUUGACAGGGCUACCAACAUCAAAAAGUCAAGAUGAGGAUGAUCAGAGCGAGUGUGUGUGAGUGAAAAAAAGAGAUAAAGGAGAACAGGAUAACGAAAUGGUCUGUGAUGGUUCGAAAUCGUGCGCGUGUCGGUCGUCAAGGGUUCUGAAACCGUAUACGUGUCUCAGUUCAUAGUGAUCGUCAGGGUUUGUGGGUUCGAAGACACUAUACAGCUUCCAACUCACAGUCAGUCAGUGGUCACGGCGGGAGAGGCUGAGAACUAGGUCACUAGUAAUAUAACCGUGGCUGAGUGCACCGUCCCGGCCAAAGCAUCGCUGUAUCACCUGUAAAUCCAUAUCUUGUACCUAUUACAAGUAAGUGACUCGUGUAGUUCAGACUGUCGUACGUCAUAGCACUGUCUGGUGUACAUAAUCAUCUUGUGGCGUCGUGGCUUACCAGGACGCAGCGCCUCUUGGGUUGGGCGUCUUGGGUGUAGGUCGGUGGCGGACACAGUGUGAGGGAGGGCGGGGAAGGGGUGGCGGAGGUGGUGCGAGGUAUUCAGGGACGCUGGCUGCCUUGACUUGUUGUAAAGCCUCAGUGCGUCAAGAUAUUAUUUAUAUGUUUUAUUUGUGGUGCAGAGGAAAAGACUCUACUCUUGAUAAGGUUAGAAGAGCCAAAAAGAUAAGCAGUUCAAUUCUAAGUCCUGGAAAGAGUUGGUGAAGUGUGGGAUGAGGAGCGAAAUACUUCUUGCAACCGCGCCCAGACGUUCCUUCUCGCUGUGUAUCCGACGACUGACCGUUCUGCAGGAAUAGGUGUGCGUUGUAAAUUACUCUACGGCUAGGAAAGGUACUGGAAGUGUAUCAAGCAACCCUGAUGCUAUGUGGCUGAAUGCAGUGUUAAUAAUCCUCCCUGUGCUUCGCGAGAUGACUGACUAGAUGGUCACUGAUUGAAACUAGUACUUCGCUUGUUUGUGAACACACGCAUGGCACGGCACAGUAACGUUAGGACGACAUAUCACUUACUUGUAUUAGUUAUAUGGGGUAUUAUUAUUAUUAUUAUUAUUGUUAUUAUUAGCAUUAUUGUUAUUAUUACUACUACAAUACUGUUACUAUUACUACUGUUACUACAAGAAGGUAUCCCUCAGCCAGAUAGCCCCACACGUCCCUUACCUCCCUGCCCCCCCUUGUCCUCCCUACCCCCCCCUCCCCCUACUCCCAGGAUCCCACAGACAUCUCGUUCGUAGUGCGGCACACGAUGAACUGUAAGUCGUAAUGCAUUGUACUCUACUAUAUCGAAGAGCUGUAAUACACUGUACUAUAUCGAAGAGCCGUAAUGCAUUGUACUAUAUCCAAGAGUCGUGAGGCAUUGUACUGUACGAAAGAUUUGUAGUGCAUUGUAUUUUAUCAGAGAGCCGUAAUGCAUUGUACUGUGUCAAGGAGUCCCGAUGCAUUGCACUGCGUCAGAGAGCCGUAAAUCGUUGUGCUGUGCGGUGUGUGUACAAAGUGGUGCCCGCAGCGGUUGUCUCUUGGUGCUCGGUCCCGCAGCUGCCCGCCGGUGACCCUCCUCCCCUCCCACUACAGCCCCCUCCCGUGUGAAGGUCACGUGCUCAACACUGACUCGCCCAGACACCCGUCGGCAAAGGCUUCAUUAUAAUAAUGUAUAGUGUGUCCCAGCCAGCAGGAACAGUGUACAUAGGGGCGGUGCCGCAGCCCAGCGCAGUGGCUCGGUGAGUGCCCAAGCCAUGCAUUCCCAACCUGGUUUGAUUUCCUAUAAAGCACCGGGGACUGUAUAAAAGCUUCUUGUCUAGUAUUCAGUGUACAGAGAAGCUAAGAGACUUGAGGACACUAUACGAGAAAGUUCUAUAGUCUGGUGCUCCAUUGACAACCUAACCUAACUUGGGGCGCUGUUUGGUUCGGACACAGCUAGCGCCAUUGUGCCGGCCUGCGUUACUGGUCCAUAGGCUCUCCAUAGCAGGUGCAUCCUCGGCCGUGCACCGCCGCUCCGGCCGUCAAGGCGUCAUCGCAGGUGAACGUUCGGUAUAACGUUACGUAGUCAUCCGUAGUUUUGUUCGUCAUACAUAAUCUGUAUUUUCCGAUUAUGUAUAAGUCAGAGACGAUAUAUAUCCUUAUGACUUCUUUUUCGAGGGACAUCCGUGUGGUGUUCAGAUAAUUUCCAUUUUAUUUUCUUUAGAGACUACUUCAAACUACUUUACUGAUGUUAAAAGCUUCCCAAAUAUGUAGUACAUGUUAUGUGUUAUGAGUGAUUUCUAAUAAAAGAUCAAAACUAA